AUGACUUUCCUCCUCGAUUCGCCUGAUCUACCCUUGCCUUUGCCCCAUAUUGACCGUGCGCCUGUCAGCCGUAGGGCCGGUGAUUUCGAAUCAAGCGAGAAUGAAAAGAACUCUUCCAACUCUCUUUCUGUCGAUCCACGGCCCUCCGUUCAUGAAGAUGAGCGGUGGAGAUCGCACCCAAUUUCAAUGUUCUGGGAUAAGUAUCGAGGUGAAAAUCCCGAGGAUCGUGAACUCCCAUCCAAAGUUAGAAAGUUCUACAAGAAGCAGGACAAGUUGAUUGAGUCGCUGCAGUCGACAAUGUCCCUGCUGAAGGAUGCAGAUGGUGAGAUGGAGGAGCGUAACCAAACAGUACGACAUCAGAAUCGGGUCAACAAUCUCCUCAUCAAGUUUACCUUUCUACUCAACCUUCUCCUCUUGAGCAGCAAAAUGGCUGCGUCAAUCCUCUCCCACUCCCUCUCCGUCAUUUCUUCCCUCAUGGACAGUGCGGUCGACUUGGCCUCAGGUUUCACCCUUUGGCUUGCAGCCCAUCAGAUGCGCAAGUCCCGGCCCUACAGUUAUCCCACAGGACGCAGACGACUGGAGCCAGUGGCAGUGAUCAUCCUCUCUGUGAUAAUGGCUAGUGUCUCAGUUCAAAUAAUGGUGGAAGCGGUGCAGACUAUCUACAACAUGGCCGCCAAUAACCAGGGUCCUCCAAUCAUGAGUAAUCUCACCAUUGGCCUUGUCGCUUCCACCAUUGUGGUAAAGGUGUCUCUCUUUCUGGCCUGCUGGAAGUUCGGACGGGGCGAAUCUGUGGCAGCCCUGAAGAACGAUCAACUCAACGAUUCCCUCAGCAACUCCAUUGCGCUCAUUUUCAGUACCCUCUCCGCACGAAUCGAGGGAGUUCCGUAUCUGAAGUACCUAGAUCCUUCGGGGGCCAUUAUUAUCGGUGCCUACAUUGUCUAUAGUUGGUGGAAGAUGGGUGCAGAACACACACGGAACCUCACGGGCUACAGCGCGGAUCCGGCAUUCUUGCAACGCAUCACCUUCAUCUGUGUCAAUCAUCAUCCCUCCAUCGAGCGGUUGGACACUGUCCGAGCCUUUCACCUAGGCAGCAACUUCAUGGUGGAGGUGGACAUUGUUCUACCACGUGACAUGGAUUUGCACAAGGCUCACGACAUCGGCGAGUCGCUUCAACAAAAGCUGGAGUCAUUGGACGAGGUGGAACGCGCUUUUGUCCAUCUGGACUACGAGUUCGCCCACCACCCAUUGACAGAGCAUAAAGUCCAAUAG